AAGCUUAGGGGAUGUGUUGGUGGGGACAAGACAAGAAAUAUUAAGCUACUCUGGAGUCUCGACUCCCGCUUUGCUUUCUCCGUUCUCCGUUGGCAACAAUUGAUGUUGAAUUUGUGUAAACCCCGAGGCUCAGCCAUUUUCAUCGGACAAUAGACUCUGCCUCUGUCUGAGAGUAGAGUAUUGUGUAUUGAUGGCUGUUUCUUCAAGUCCCGCUCUGUGGUCGAGUGCUUCUCUCCUCCUCUCUUCGCCUCCUCGCCUAUGUUUCACUCGACGGACUCUCAGACCCUCCUCCGCCUUUUCUUCUCCACCUCUCCCUUCCAUUGCCCGAGGAAAAGCAUUUCCAGGAGAUGCGGUCCUAGACACGAAAGAAUCCCCCCUUGUGGUUUGUUUCGGGGAGAUGCUAAUUGAUUUCGUCCCAACCACCAAUGGACUUUCAUUGGCCGAAGCACCUGCAUUUAAAAAAGCUGCUGGAGGAGCCCCUGCUAAUGUUGCAGUUGGCAUAGCUCGUCUUGGUGGCUCAUCAGCCUUUAUUGGGAAGGUGGGCGAAGAUGAAUUUGGAUACAUGCUUGCUGAUAUAUUAAAGGAGAAUAAUGUCAACAAUGAAGGGAUGCGUUUUGAUCCUGGUGCACGAACUGCUUUAGCAUUUGUUACGUUGAGGAGUGAUGGGGAACGUGAGUUCAUGUUUUAUCGUAAUCCUAGUGCUGAUAUGUUGCUUCAAGAAGCUGAACUUGAUUUUGAUUUAAUAAGGAAGGCAAAAAUCUUGCACUAUGGUUCUAUAAGUCUUAUUACAGAACCAUGCAAGUCCGCCCAUAUUGCAGCAGCAAAAGCUGCAAAGGAAGCUGGUGUUGUUUUAUCAUAUGAUCCCAACCUCAGGCUUCCGUUGUGGCCUUCUGCAAAGAGUGCCCGAGAAGGAAUUUUGAGUAUAUGGGAGACUGCUGAUAUUAUCAAGAUAAGUGAAGAAGAGAUUUCUUUUCUAACAGAAGGAGAAGAUCCAUUUGAUGAAACUGUCGUUCGCAAAUUGUACCAUCCAAAUCUUAAUUUACUACUUGUCACUGAAGGCCCCGAUGGUUGUAGAUACUACACCAAGGAGUUCAGUGGAAGAGUCAAGGGUAUGAAGGUAGAUGCCGUGGACACAACGGGUGCUGGGGAUGCAUUUGUAGCUGGAAUACUAUCCCAACUAGCAGUUGAUCUCUCUUUGAUUCAGAGUCGCAACCCAGUGAUGAGGAAAAGUAAACCAAGGAAAGUAAUAUGACUAGAACUUGUGAAAAUGAAAUACCGUAAAAACUAACCGAGAUAUGAUUAAAUAUUGCAAACCUAGAUUAUGUAAGGUCUUCAAGCCUUGUCCGAAGUCAAAUCUGGUUCUCAUAACCAUCUUGACUUGAUCAAUGCUCUACCAUUUGCUCACUUGUUGGCAACAGCAAGAGCAUGUAUUGCUAUAUAAACAUAUAAAAAAUUGUGAGGGGAGGUUAUAUAUAAAACAUAAAGGCUAUUGGCGAGGCACAGCACAAGGUAUGUAUAGACCUCCUAAAAGAUGCAAUAUAAGACUCAAAACCAUAUACCUGAGAUAUUCAUCUUCAAUUCUUUCUUCUACUACAUUUGACACACAGGACUAGCCUCUUUAUAUAGGUUCGGACAUUUAGACUUCUCAACCUUCAUCAGUAACUAAAUGUAAGAAGCCAAAGGUCUUGACAUACUUAAGCCUUAUUCAAAGAAUUCUAAAAUUGCAUUUAUUGUAACAUUACUGGAGACCAUGAUGGGGUUGAUGGGAUUGCACGAAUCUUGUGUUGUGAUAUCCUUAGUAAUUGCCAACUCUACAAGUACAGAUCAUGAAAUUGGCAACAUUUGCUAAAACCGUUGACUUAUGUCCCAGUGCUCACCAGUGAGACUACAGCCUGUCUACCUGAGAAUCCUUGAUUAUUUAGAACAGCUCUGUCUACCUGUUCUACACCUUGGUUAUGCAAACCAGUUUACUGCAUAUUAUCUAAGGCAAAGUACUAGCUCAAUUACUGCCUCUGAUCAAUAGAAAUGCAGGCCCUGGAUGCAAUCAGUCCAAUUGAUUAUUAGAAGUGCAGUGCUGUGCUGCUUCAAAAAUCUCUGGAGUCCUUAUCCGUCCACUCUGUAUCAUUCCCAUUAGCAACAAACUACCCUUCUUUAUUAGACAGAUUUGAUGGUCAGAUGGUUUUUGCCACAAAUGGAUGAUUCAUUGUUAGGACAUUACAGAUGAUAAAUUGUUGAGUUCUGGAAGAGUUAUGUGGUUAACCGAGUUGCAGCACUUCCCGUUCCAUGGUUGUUCUCCUUUUCUGCUUGUUGUGUAUUGUUGCAUGGUUAUUUGUUAGUCACCGUAAAGCUUGUGAGACACAUCGCCAUUUUGUUUUUUAAAUGAGUUCUCAGAUUAUAAAAAUAAUGCAAGAUAUAUGCAGUGUUGCCUUCCUCACUGAAGAAUAGUUUUCAAUAUGUGUUGCCUUUGAAACGUAGAGUUCAUUGAAUAAUUUUCUCGAUCUGUGUGGUAUAUUUCUGUGUAGUUCUGAGCUUACACUUUUGCUCAUAGCACCAGUAUAUUUGGUGAUUGUCGAUAGAAAUUAUAAUCUUGAGUUCUUGAUUAGGUCUUAUUCAGUAUUUACAUUUUAAUAAAAUUAAGUCUGCCAA